AUGCUGUUCCAAAACGUCCUCCCUGCCGCCGUGCUUCUUGUUGCAUCCACCACUCAAGCCGCACACAUUACCUGGCGGAAGCACUCGACGACCACGUGCGAGGACUCGGGCUCCGACAAUUGGUAUACUGCCGAGCCCGGGCAAUGCAACGACCUGAUUGAGUCGGACCACGGCAUCGAGAUUUGGACCGACGACAGGAACUGUAAUUUCUACACAUACCCCAACACAGACUGCUCGGGCUCGCGACAAAAGACGCUCGACGGGCGAGGGUGCCACUCCCUGCAGGGGAACAACUGGGGUCUCCGCAUGGAGUGCGACUAA